CUCGGUGUCAGUCGUGUGCGGCUGUUUGAUGUUGACGGACUCGUUUUUAGCCAGUGAAUGGGAGACUGUCAAUGCCAUGCUAAUAUGCGGUGCAGAGCGGCGUCGUCGGCAACGCGUGAAGACGACGAGGAGAGGAAGUAGUGGACGCCGGUGAGGAUCGCAACGAAACUUUGGAAGUAGAGCGCAGCGAAGAUGAGCGAGAGAAAGUUCACGCGAGCCUUGGGGAAACCCGGAAUGGCUGCGCAACUGCGGGAAACCGUGUCGCAGGUUGUCCGUGAAAGUACUGUGCAGAGUAAGCUGCACUUGGUGGAACCUGUGGAUUAUGAAAGUUUUAUUCAGAAAAACAAAACCCUGCUACACAACGAUGCCCAGCGAGAGCUGCUGUUGUACCCCCCGGAUGAUGUUUCCCAUGUUGUCAUGCCUAGGCAGUAUCGUACAACCAACCUGACUACACCCAAAACAAACUUGGAGGAAGUGAAUCUCUUAACAGAAGAAUGUAUUAAAAGUUAUUCCUCGGACUGGAAUACAAUACAUUACAAGUAUUCAGCUUAUAGCGGAUCAUAUCUUGAGCUUCCUCGCAAUGGUUACAACGAAGAGAAAACUGAUCAAUUAAAAGAUGAGAUAUAUGAAAUUGACGUAGAUGUCGAUCAAAUCGACGAGGAUAUUAUGAAACGCGAAGGCAUAACAAAGGAAGGUUAUUUGAUGAAAGGACCGGAAAUUGGAAACAGUGAUCGUAUGUUUUCAAAUCUGGGAUCCAAAUCAUUCAAGAGACGCUUUUGCCAUUUGCGACAGCAAGUCGAUGGCACAUAUAUAUUAGAGUUUUUUAAAGAUGAGAAGAAAGGAGAUGUUAAAAUUGCUAAUUUAGAUUUUUGUACAGAAGUAGUGAGAAAUCCAAAAAGAGGAAAAUUUUGUUUUGAACUCAAAAUGAAUGGUCCUCAAAAAUCUUAUACAUUAGCUGCUGAAACUGAAAACGAUUUGCAGGAUUGGGUCACAAAGUUAAAUACCGUACUGCAACACUAUAAACAGCAAGAGGAAAAGUGCGCUGCCUGGUUAGAGAAAACUUCUAACACUCAAUCAUCAACAGUGAAUUCACAUCAAGUUUAUGGGACAUUAAAAGGUUUAGAACAGAGUAUGAAUCCACAGUUAAUUAGGUAUUCUCAAGAAACAGAUAUUAGUAUUUCAUUGGCUAGGAAGAAGAACAGGAAGCAUUUAUUUCAAGUGAAUCUUUUGCAUAAUAUUAAAUCAUUAUCAGUCCAUGAAAACAAUAUUGAGCCAUAUAAAGAGCAAUUCAACCAAAGAAUAUUUGUAAAAUGUGAGAGCAUCAAGUUUAAGUUGCAAGCUCCAAUAGAGGAACAGGAAUCUUUGUGCCAAGUAGAGCCAUACUACACGACAUUAAGUGUAUUUGAUGCUAGAAAUAACAAAAAAAUCAGUGAAAAUUUUUAUUUUGACACCAAUCAUGAAUCUGUACAAAAUAUGAUCAAACUAGAAGAAAGCUCAAAAGAAAACGGUUUAGAAUUACCGGAUGAUUUAAAAAAUAUUUCAGUUACCUGGCUUAGCAAGUUAAAGCAAGCUAUUUUCAGCAUAAGUAAUCCACAUCCAGAUAUAUUUCUUGUAGUGAGGAUAGAAAAGGUUUUGCAAGGUAGUAUUUAUCAAACUUGUGAACAGUAUAUAAAAGCAGCAAAAGAUCCUCGCAUAAGUAUAAAAGCGCACAAACAAGUUCAAGCUUGUUGCCAAAGACUAGGGAGUUAUAGAAUGCCAUUUGCUUGGUCUGCAAGACCAUUAUUUAGGCUGUAUAGUAACGAAUUGGAUACUUCUUCAGAUUUCUUAGCAAUUUAUCGACAAGAAGGAAACAAGAUGAAAGAUGAAGAAUUAUUAAAAUUACUUUUAGAAUAUAGAAAGCCUGAUAGAUUGAAUAAAUUGACAAUAAUACCUGGCUGGAUAAAAAUUAAAAUUGAAGCAACCACAGAAGUUCCCGAGAAUUCUUUAACGACGUCUUUAGCGACAUUAAAACCUUUUCCCAUACCACCAUCAUCUGAUAUUACAUUAGAAAUAGCAGAAUUUGAGAGUUCAUCUGAGAAAGAUGUUCAUCCUUACACAACAUAUACGAACCAUUUAUAUGUAUAUCCACAAAAUCUGUUAUUUGAUACACAAAAGAUAUUUAGUAGAGCUAGAAAUAUUGCAUGCAUUGUAGAAAUGAAGGAUAAUGACACUGAAAACGCACAACCAUUAAGAUGUAUUUACGGUCGACCUGGAACUGCCUUAUUAAUCUCGAGAAUCUCAUGUCCAGUUCUACACCAUAGCACAACACCAUCAUGGUACGAAGAAAUCAAAAUAAGAUUACCACUGAAACUUCACUAUAAACACCAUCUCCUGUUUACUUUUUAUCAUAUAAGUUGUGAUAUAAAUAAGAAAAAAGAGAAUGGAAUUGAAAACUGCCUUGGGUAUGCUUGGCUGCCACUAUUGACUAAGGGCCGUCUUGCAUUCAUAGAAGAAAGUAUAAAAGUUUUGCCAGUGGCUACUCAUUUACCUGAUGGAUAUUUAUCUAUUCAACCACUUGGUUUAGGGAAAGGUAAUGCUGGACCUGAAAUAUUGUGGAUCGACUCUCAAAAGCCAAUUUUUACAAUUUCUGUUCAAAUGAGUUCAACUGUUUUUACUAAAGAUUUACACUUGCACAAUCUAUUUACGCAUGCUGAAAAAAUUAUAGACCCGACAUGCGUGGCUAUACCAUCGAAUUCAGAAACUUGUAAAAUACUAAAAGCUGCACAUGAAAUUCAAUUAACAACUACUAUAACAUUUUUACCAACGAUUUUAAAUCUCUUAUUCACGUUAUUGACAAGUAAAGUCAAUGACGAAGUAAACCAAUGUAUUGUUAGAUUAUUGAUUCACAUUAUAGAUUUAAUACAUGAAGCUGGACGACAAGAAAUUUUGCUGGCCUACAUUAAGUUUAUUUUUGUGCAACCAGCAAGUAAAAAUAAUGAUGCUUUGACAGUUCACGAACAACUUGCUAAAUAUUUACCAAUUUUCUUACAACCAAGUAGUGCUGAUUUGUCACUUGUAAAUAAAUUCAUGUUCCAUUCUGGACUAUUUUUUGAUAUAAUGAUUAAAAGUAUGGCUCAACAUCUUUUAACAAGUGGCCGAAUAAAGAUGCAUCGAUCUGAAAGAUUUACGAAUGAAUAUCAAAAACAAAUAGAAUCUUUUGUGCAAUUAAUCAUACCUCAGAUAAUGAAUAAAUAUAAGGAAACACCAGUUGAAACGUAUGCUCUUAAUAAAAGUCUUGCAUUAUUUUUAAAGCGUUGUCUCACAUUUAUGGAUCGUGGAUUCGUUUUUAAAUUAAUUAAUUUAUACGUGGAAAAAUUCGCCUUUGGAGGUUCCCGGACAUUACAUGACAUGAAAUUUGAUUUUCUUCAAAUCGUAUGUUCUCACGAACAUUUUAUUUCUUUUAAUUUGCCAUUAAUGCAAUCAUGGAGUGCAACAAAAGACAUACCCAAUACUGAGUUUUACUUGUCAGAUAAUUUUUGCAAGUAUCAUUUCCUAGUUGGGCUUAUAUUAAAACAAGUAAAAGUAUCUUUAAACGAAAUUGUUCCCAUUCGUAAAAUAGCUCUUUCUACUUUACGAAAUUUGUUGGCCAAACAUGAAUUAGAUGAUAGGUAUCAAGAUAAGGGUCGAAUAAAUAGAAUAUCGUCUUUGUAUAUACCAUGGUUGGGUAUUGUACUAGAAAAUCUUGAUCGCUUUGAGGCUGUAAAUAGUCUGAAAAAUGAUUUACAACACAACUUAGCGAACAGAACUAGCAUUAUAAACAGCGUAUCCACUACCACGAGUACUCCUAUAAAAACUCCUCACAAAUGCUCACCGCACAUAGAAUCUUCUCCAUUACGAGGAUCUACCCAUAUAAGGGAUUCGACCUACUUGUCGGCUAUUGCUGGCCACGAUAUGGUUAACGGAUAUUCUUGCACAAGUAUUGAAUCUGAUUUAUCGACCGCAUCUAGCAUAACUCAAUCAAAUGCUUCUCAAGAGACUACUAUUUACAAUUGUGAGUCGUCAGAUAUCAAUGAUGAAAUAAGAAAGCACAAAAAACAUUCGCGCUCAGUUAGUAUUUCUCAGACAGUUACUUCUUCGUCGAGAUGUGAUAAAUUUCAAGCCUUAGAGGUGCAAGAUAUAUUACUUUGCUUCCUAUUUAUAGUCAAAUAUUUAGAAGACAAUCGAAUGAUACUCUGGUGGCAACAAUGCAAUGAAAUCGAAAUUCAAAAGUUUUUGUCAGUUCUUGAGUUGAGCCUACAUCAUUUCCGAUAUCUCGGAAAAAGACAAUACCCAAAAGUUAUUGAACAAGAUAUCACAAAGCUAAGGCCUAUCAAAUCUUUGACAUUGCCAGCCAGAAUGGCACCACCUGACUUUUCCAAUGACAAUUCUGUUAAUACUGGCACCCUGCAGCCUCACAAUAAUAUUAGGGAGAAUUUGUUAGAAAAUAAUCACGAGAAACUUCAUCACAUUACCACACAAGCUAAUUUGGCUGUUGAAGUCGGUCUUAUUGUACUCGAUUCUCUAGGAUUGUUUAGUUUUCAUUUUAAGGAUUUGCUACUCGACGGUACCAAGGAUAACCAGCUUUUACAACAAGUUAUGAAUGUUUACUUAACAUUCCUGCAAGUUGGGCAAUCGGAAAAUUUACUUCGACACGUUUUCGCUAGUUUGAGAGCUUUUCUAAACAACUUUUCCGUAACUUUAUUUCAAGGUAAUACUGUACUUUGUGGACGACUAUGUUAUGAACUGCUAAGAUGUUGUAACAGUAAAUUAAGUUCUAUUAGACAAGAAUCAUGUGCUUUGUUGUAUUUACUUAUGCGAAGUAAUUUUGAGUUUACUAGUAGAAAGGGAUUGACAAGAGUUCAUCUUCAAGUUAUGAUUUCGGUUUCGCAAAUGUUGGGAAACAUUAUUGGUCUGAAUAAUUCAAGGUUUCAAGAAUCUCUCUCACUUAUAAACAGUUAUGCCUGUUCCGAUAAGGUGAUGAAAGGUACUAGUUUUCCUCACGAGGUUCAAGAUUUAAAUAAAAGAAUUAGGACUGUACUGAUGGCAACGGCACAAAUGAGAGAUCAUAACAAUGAUCCAGAAAUGUUGCUCGAUCUUGAACACAGUUUAGCAAACUCUUAUGCUAGUACGCCAGAAUUACGUCACACAUGGUUAGAAACAAUGGCUCGAAACCACAUACGAGAUGAGAAUUAUUCAGAAGCUGCCUGUUGUCAAUUACACAUAGCUGCAUUAAUGGCUGAAUAUUUGAAACUGAAAGAGCUGAAUGAAUGGGGCGCUGAGGCUUUUGAUAAAAUAUCUAAGAAUAUAUCCAGAGACGAAAAAGGUCUUAAACUAGAUGCUGGAGCACAAGAUGUCCAUUAUACUGAACAUAUAUUAUUAGAACAAUUAGAAUCUUGUGCUGAAAUGUUGGAUAAAGCAGAAAGAUUUGAAUCUCUUGGACAUUUAUAUCGCUUAAUAAUACCUAUGUACGAAAGAAAGAGAAACUAUCAAGCCUUAUCCAAUUGCUACUCCCAUCUGACACAAGCGUGUAACAAAGUUGUACAAGUCAAUAAAAGUGGAAAACGAUUACUUGGGCGAUUCUAUAAAGUUACUUUCUUCGGUUCGGCUUACUUUGAACAAGAGAAUGGAGUAGAUUUUAUUUAUAAAGAACCAAAAGUGACUUCACUUUCUGAAAUCUCCGAACGUUUGCGGAACCUUUAUUCGGAAAAGUUUGGAAGUGAUAAUGUUAAAUUAAUUAUGGAUUCAGGACCCGUUCAAAUAUCUGAUUUAGAUCCCAAAAUAGCUCACAUACAAGUGACGUACGUCGUGCCGUAUUUUGAUGAAAUGGAAUUAGAUGUUCGAUUGACUGAGUUUGAACGAAAUCACGACAUAUCUUGUUUUAUGUUUGAAAUUCCUUUUACUCAAGAAGGAAAUAAAGCCAGAGGAAGUCCGAAAGAUCAAUGGAAACGAAGAACGAUAUUGACAACACAAUACUCAUUCCCAUACGUGACGAAACGUAUUAAAGUAGUUGAAAAAAGAGUUAUAGAGUUGAGUCCAAUUCAAGUAGCUUUGGAUGAAAUGAGACAAAGAGUACAAGAACUACAAGACGUUGCUUUGACCGGUGGGCCCGCGGAUGCUAAAAAACUGCAAUUGAAGCUGCAAGGAAGUGUUUGCGUAACGGUCAAUUCGGGACCUUUAGCGUAUGCUUCAGCAUUUUUGGAUCCUGAGGUGUCUCAUCAGUAUCCCGAAGAAUUAGUUCAAGAGUUGAAAGAUGUUUUUAGAGAAUUUGUUAAAAUUUGCUACACGGCUUUACAAAUUAAUAGUAAGCUGAUUGCAUGUGAUCAAUACGAAUACCAAGAAGUGUUACGUGAAAAUUAUCAGAUCUUCUGCCAGAAUCUCUCGUCUCUUUUGGGACAACCAGUGUGGCCUGACGAGCAAAUCACGAGCUUUAAGCGCAAUAGCGCUGCUCUCUUUAAUGCCAUUAGCGGUACGACGAACAGUCAUUCUAGUACAGCUUAACAAAAGAUCAAGACUGAUAUUUAAGAAUUUCUUACAAGUCUAUACGGACAUAGAAAAAAUUGUAUUCUUUAUUCUUUUAAAAAGCAUUUAUUAAACUGUUUAAAUCUAUUAAUUUUAAAUAACUCAAAAUUUAUGUUAAAUAUACUGAUGUUAUAUGUUAA